CCAUGGAAUCAAGAAGAAAAAGACACGAAAAACGCAGGCGUCACGACUCAUCGUCAGACUCAUCUGGAAGUUCUUCUCGGGUAUCGAAUAAAAAAUCAAUGGAACACCAAAAAUCAAGUGCAAAUAAUUACAAUGAAUUCGAUGUAGCGAGUCGUGCAUUCGAUCCGAAUAACUCCUUACCGAUACCACCAACAGUAACAAAUUCUCAACGAGAAUCUUCAGAGAGAGAUGAAGGUGAAUUAUCUCGUCACAGUGAGACUCCACCAAAAAAUCGAGAAUCUGAGGAUCACUCCAGGAGGAAAAAUGAGUCAAGGCAUCAUCAUCGAGAGCGAAGACAUCGAAGGAGUCGAAGUAGAACCAGAAGAAGAAACAGCAGUAGGAACAGAUCUAGAUCUCGAUCUAGAUCGAGAUCUAGGAGUAGAAAACGAAGGGACAGACGAGAGGACCAGAUUAAGCGAAGACCCCAGGAAGUGCCAGGACGAAGAUACUGGGAUUCCUCAAGACGUUCAUCACACGAUUCUGAUGAAAAUGAGCCCCUGAUUGGUGAUCGGUUUUACGGAGGGGCUGCUAAAACGAGAAAAAAUCCAAAGGAUCUUGGAGACAAGGAGAAUGUCGCUGAGAACAAGUCCCAGAGAGACAGCAGCAGGAAUAAAGAGAGAGGAGAGGUGGAGAAGGGAUCUGGAGUGAUAAAACCGAGUGAGAAGAGAACUGUUGAUCUUUUAACAUCGAAAACAGGAGGUGCCUACAUCCCUCCAGCCAAAUUACGGAUGAUGCAGGCUGAGAUAACAGAUAAAACAGGUGCUGCUUAUCAGAGGAUUGCCUGGGAAGCCCUGAAGAAGUCAAUUCACGGUCACAUAAACAAAGUGAACACCAGCAACAUAGGACUCAUCACGAGGGAAUUAUUCAGGGAGAAUAUCGUGAGGGGUAGAGGACUCCUGGCUAGAUCCAUAAUUCAAGCUCAAGCAGCAUCUCCAACGUUCACACCAGUCUACGCAGCCCUGACAGCAGUGAUAAAUUCAAAAUUCCCGAAUAUUGGAGAACUAUUGCUGAAGAGAUUAGUCAAUCAAUUCAAGAGAGGCUUCAAGAGAAAUGACAAGCCUCUGUGCAUAUCCUCAGGAACUUUUAUGGCACAUCUGGUUAAUCAAUGUGUGGCUCAUGAGAUUCUUGUUCUUCAGCUGCUGACGAUGCUGGUGGAAACACCCACUGAUGACUCCAUCGAAGUCGCUAUUGCUGUUCUUAAGGAAUGUGGAAUGAAACUCACGGAGUUGUCGAAGAGGGGAAUCGAGGGGGUGUUUGCUGCUCUCAGGAAUACUCUUCAUGAGGGACAGCUUGAUAAAAGGGUGCAGUAUAUGAUCGAGGUGAUGUUCCAAGUGAGAAAGGAUGGAUUUAAGGAUCACGAGGCUGUACCCAAGGAGCUGGAUUUAGUUGAAGAGGAUGAUCAAUACACACAUCUGAUGACUCUGGAUGAACCUGUGGACUCUGAGGAUAUCCUCAAUGUUUUUAAAUUUGAUGCUGAAUAUGUUGAGAGUGAGGAGAAGUACAAAUCUAUCAGGAAAGAAAUUCUAGAUGACGAGAGUGAUGAGGAGGAUGAUGAAGAGGAGUCUGAGAAUAGUGAAGAGGACAGCGAUGAGGGGGAGGAGGGGGAGGAGAAGGAGGGGCUCAUUGUUGAUAAUACUGAGACCAAUUUGACCGCCUUGAGGAGGACUAUUUAUCUGACGAUCCAGUCCUCUUUGGACUUUGAGGAAUGCGCUCACAAGCUCAUGAAGAUGCAGCUGAAACCGGGACAGGAGAUUGAAUUGUGUCAUAUGUUUUUGGAUUGCUGCGCGGAAAUGAGGACUUAUGAAAAAUUCUAUGGACUUCUCUCGGGGAGAUUUUGCGCUAUUAAUAAGAUUUAUAUCACACAAUUUGAGCAGAUAUUCAAGGAUUCUUAUGACACUAUUCAUAGACUGGACAUGAAUAAGUUGAGAAAUGUUGCCAAAUUCUUUGCGCAUUUGCUGUUCACCGACUCGAUAUCCUGGGGUGUUUUGAGCUGUAUUAAGUUGAAUGAGGAUGAUACCACGAGUUCUGGAAGAGUUUUUAUAAAGAUUCUGUUUCAAGAGCUGGCAGAGUACAUGGGAUUGACGAAACUCAAUGCCAGGGUGAAGGAUGUGACUCUUCAGGAUGCGUUCGAGGGAUUAUUUCCUAGGGAGAAUCCUAGGGAUACGAGAUUUGCUAUUAAUUUUUUUACGUCCAUUGGUCUCGGAGGAUUGACUGAUGAUCUGAGGGAGCAUCUCAAGAGUCGACCUAAGCCUGUGCCUCCACCAGUUGUUGUGAAGGAAAACGGGACUUCUGCUGAGUCUAGCUCGAGCUCUGAUACCUCGAGCUCUUCUUCUGAUAGUUCGGAUUCUUCGUCUUCAUCGUCUUCUUCGUCGUCGUCUACAUCGUCUGAAGAUGAGAAGAGGAAGAAGAAAAAAGUCACGAGGAAACGGCGUGACGAGAAUCGAAACAAGAAAUAUGAUAAUGGGAGAAUUUAUGACGAAAAAGUACAGAAGAAGAAGAAGGAAAAGAAGCAGAAGAAAACUAAGAAGCAAUAAAGCGAAGUGAAAUGCUUGAAUGAUGAGUGAAAUCUAUAAUGGAAUUAUAAAUAUUAAUUUAUAAUUAAUUUACAACAUUUUAUGUAUCGCUAAUGCUGAAAU